AUGGUGUCUGUCAAUAAAUAUCGUUCAAGCUCUCAGCAUCGAGGUGUAAGAACCAGUGGUUCCAUCAACUCUCUAUCAACAAUUGAACAGAAUCAUUUGGAUCAAGUGGUUAAAUCUGUCACAGAUGCUACCAAAAGAUUGUCUCAACAAGAAUCCACUAUGACCGGUGGUGGAGGUGGUAGUGGUGCUGCUGCUUUAUCAAAAACUCCAACUUUGUCAACUGCCAGUAAUAAUAGCAAGAAUAAAAAUAAAAGAAGAACUAGAGAUACAGUGGGCCCUUGGAAAUUGGGUAAAACAUUAGGUAAAGGUUCCUCAGGUAGGGUUAGAUUAGCUAAAAAUAUAGAAACUGGUAAAUUGGCUGCAAUUAAAAUUGUUCCAAAAAAUAAAAAAUUUAAUAAUCAACAUAGAUCGAAAAAUACAAACUCUAAUAAUGGUGAUCUGUUUCUAUCCUACUCUUCAAUUCAUAAUACCACAAAUACUCAUAACGCUAGAAAUACUGACAAUACGGCAAUAGAAAAUAGUGGAGGUGGUAAUCCAUACGGUAUCGAAAGAGAAAUCGUGAUUAUGAAAUUAUUAUCGCAUCCAAAUGUAAUGGCACUUUAUGAGGUCUGGGAAAAUAACAAUGAAUUGUAUUUAGUCUUGGAAUAUGUCGAUGGUGGUGAAUUAUUUGACUACUUAGUCUCAAAGGGGAAACUGACUGAAAGUGAGGCUGUUCACUAUUUUAAACAGAUUAUAAAUGGUAUUUCAUACUGUCAUUCCUUUAAUAUCUGUCACAGAGAUUUAAAGCCUGAAAAUUUAUUACUAGAUAAGAAAAGAAGAAUUAUUAAAAUUGCAGAUUUUGGUAUGGCAGCUUUGCAAGUUUCAAAUAGAUUAUUACAAACAUCGUGUGGGUCUCCACAUUAUGCAUCUCCAGAAAUUGUAAUGGGUAAAUGUUAUAACGGUGCUCCAAGUGAUAUUUGGUCAUGUGGUAUCAUUUUAUUUGCCUUAUUAACUGGUCAUUUGCCAUUUAAUGAUGACAACAUCAAAAAAUUAUUGAUCAAAGUACAAAACGGUAGAUAUCAAAUGCCAAGUUAUAUUUCCCAAGAAGCAAAGAAUUUAAUUUCAAGAAUUUUAGUAGUUGAUCCAUCUAAAAGAAUUUCAACAGAACAGAUAUUAUCACAUCCAUUAUUAACCAAAUAUGAUAAGCGUCUGGGAAAGAAAGAUAGAAAAGUUACAAAAAAUAACAAGAUUAUGCACCGUGGCAAAUCAAAUUCUGACUUAAAUAUGUUAAGCAAUAUUCCACAAAAUACUGAAAUUGUAAAAUUAAGAGCAAGAAGUGAUAUUGAUGAGUCUAUAUUAAAAAAUUUACAGAUUUUAUGGCAUGGAAUUUCUCGUGAUAUAAUUAUUGCCAAAUUGCUUCAAACCCCGAUGUCUGAAGAGAAGUUAAUUUACUCUUUAUUAUGGAAAUAUAAACAGAUUAACUUUAAAUCUUCAAAGGCCCCAUCGAUUUCAUCAGCUUCAGUAAAUAUUUCUGUUAGUGCACAAGACACAGAAACGAGUACAAAUACCCGUACUAAUUCAAAUUCUGCAACAGAUAUUUCAAUUCCAUUUGUAAAUACAGAACCUUUACAAUUCAAUAAGAUAAAUCCUGUAGUGACAAUAGAUACCCCAGUCGAAAAUGAUGCGCCAAAGAUAUUACAGAAAGCUCAAUUCAGCCUACAUUCUCUACCAAAGAGUGGCAGUGAAAGUGAGAAGGAUAUGCAAUUCGACAAAAAUUUACCACCGGCUUUACCACCUGUUGCACUCCCAAUAUUUCCUGUUUCUUCUUCAAAAGUUUUCAAAAAAAGCAGUUCAACUAUUUCAAUCAGAUCUAGAUCAUCUUUACAGACAUCUAGUUCUAUCAAGGGUAUUAGUCCUUCGACUCCGAAACACUUUUUACAUUUAUCACCUUCUAACAGAUCAUUAAUACACUCUCCUUCAAUGAAAAGGAUGCAUGUCCCAGUUUCUGAAAGAAGAACAUUGGUUAAUUCUGAAUCGAAACGUUCAUUAUACUCUCUACAGUCCAUCUCAAAGAGGUCUUUGAAUUUAAAUGAAUUUUUAAAGGAAAAUGAAAGUGGAAAAAAUGAAGAUUAUACAUACCAGGCUACCUUUUUGAAUUCCGAAAAUUUACCACCUUUGCCUAAAUUAGAUUCAGAAGCAGACUUCGAAACUAUAUGUAAUCAAUUGCUCUUUAGUGACGCACUUGACAAAAUUUUAGAGGAAGAAGAGAGUUCUGCAACUACUAAAAAGGAUAAAGAACUAUCAGUACAUCUAAUGGAAUCCGAAAAUGUUAGUGAACAUACUAUCAAGGCUACAAUAGAAAAGUUUGAAGAAUCGAGUUUAGAGAAAAAUGAUAUUACUGAAAGAAAGGACUCAGUUGUCUUUGAUGAAAUUAAGAAUUCAUUUGUUUUAGAAGCUGCAAGAACUAUCGAUGAGGCUAACACAAUUGAAGAAUCUGAAGUUCGUGAAGUUGAAAAGAAACGUUCGCCACUACAAGACUUGACAAAUAAUUAUCAUGCGAUUAAGAAUAGCAAGCAAGAAAAAGAAGCUAUUAUGGUUAAGCCAAACCUAAUAACAUUAGCAAAAUUCCCAGAGGAGACUGAAAAGAAAGAAGUUCCUGUUAAAAAAGAAUAUAACAUUCGUGCAGCUUCGACCAAGAUUGAAACUGUCAGUCGCCCAUCUUUAGAUCCACGUAGAAAUUUCACAAACCCAACGUCGGAUAGGGUUGAAUCGUUACUGAAAAAUAUCAAUGCUGAAGAGAAAAAGAAGGCAGCCUUGAGCGAUAAAGCUUGGUUUGAAUCCAGGAUUAAAGUUACUUCUAGCACUAAGGAACCAACUAAAGCAAUUGACUUAUCACAGAAUUCAAUUAGCAAGUUAUACGCACAUAAUGAAAUUUAUCCUGAGAAUUUAAGGAAUGAUAGAAUGAGCAUGGCUGAAUCAAGAUUAAUUUCUUUUGAUCAUAUUUCGAAUGUUGCCUCCAAAAGAUUUAGCACUCUUUCAACUAAUACAGAUAUGUCCAACCCAAGUGUUUUAGCUCACUCUAGUACUAUUAAAAAUUAUGGUUCAUUAUUGGAAAUGCCAAAGUCAUUUAAAACCACAUCAACUACUUUCAAAGAUCUCAGUGAAUUUUUAGUUUCAGAUGAAUCAGUUAACUUUUUAGAGCUUUCAAAGAGCGGUACUGGCAACAUAAAAAAAUCUCCGUCAUUAAAAAAGGAUAUUUCAAUGUAUAGCGCUUUAUCGAUUCCUAAGUUGGAAGCAAAGGCUGCAUUUAAUCUAAACGCUAGUCAUGGUGACCUUUCUUCAGUUCGUUCUUUGUCUGCAAGUGAUAGAGAUGUUUCUGAUAUGACAUAUGCAAGGGAGAUACCAAGCAAUAUUUACACGGCUCAGGCAAUAAAAUUAUCUGCUGGUACUUCAGAAAUGGUGAAAACCCAGAUUUUAUCGUAUGAUGAAAAGGAAACUGAUUCAAGUCUGAAUAAAUUCGAAGAUGCUCCAACAGAUUCUAAUUCCAUAGGUUCCUCCAUGACUUCUAGUUCUAUCUCUAGAUCAGCUUUAUACACAGAUCAAAAAGUUUACAAGAAAGCAGUCUCGAUUGAUACAUUGAACACGCCAAACAUCUUAACACCGGCAACAGAUGUCAGAGUCAGUUUGUAUGUUAACAACAAUUUAAAUAGUAAUUUGAUUUUACCUCGUGAGACAACUGAAGAGAUUCUAUCAAAGUUUAAGUUGACUCCAGAAAAAACUACAACAAAUGAAUAUGUUCAAAAAAGGUAUUCGAUGGUCCCUGUAAAUGAUAAUGAAAAUUCAUUGGCAUUAUCUCAUAGUGUCAUUUCUAUGUUUAAAGAUUUAGAAGAAGAAAUGGACCAGACACCAACCAAAGAAAAUGUCCAAUCAACGAUGAAAAUUGAAUUGCAUACUAAUGAUGACAAUGUCACCAAGCCAAAUAGAGUCACUAUGUUAUUUGAUGAUGAUUUUGUUCCUUCUGGCAAUAAUGGUUUACCUGAGAAGAAUGAAUGGAGAAAUAAGGCAAAUGACUUAAUUGAACAAUCAGAAGAUAUGUUAAAUCAAGAACAUUAUGUUGCGAAUAAAGAUCAAGAAAUCACUAAUGUAUCUGACAAUAAUAUUAUGAAGGAAGGAACAAAGAACGAGACAAAUAACUUGUUGAAACCAAAAUUCAAUGAAUCUGAUGAUGCGAAGAGAGAGUUUAAUGAUGUUAAUAAAGCAAAGAGCAAACCAGUCGAAUCCACAUCAAAAAAUAAUUGGUUCAGUAGACUAUUUAGUGGUUUUAAGGUAAAUGAUAAUAUAUCGAAGAAACUAGUUAGAGAUCAUGUCACUAAUAUAUCAUUUGAUUUGGUUAAUUCUUUAACUUUAAAAGAAUUUUCAAAAUACAAUAUUGAAUAUAAGUUAAAGAAUCUACAUAGGACUUCGGCAAGGGAAAGAGUAGAAUAUGAUUGUAAAUUUUUGAAGGGUAACUUCAAAUUUAAGAUUAAAAUCGAAGGCAUAAAAGAAAGUGGACAAACUAUUGUUACUUUAAAGAAAAAGAGUAAAUUGAGCGGAGCUCAUGAUACGGCAUUUGAGAAAUUCGACCAAGAUGUCGAUAAAUUGAUUAGGGACACUGAAAGAAGAAUAGCUUUGCAUAAUUAA